AUGAAGGGCGUCAGUCUGAACCUCCAGCGCAUGGCUCGCGCCAUGGGAUCAGUGUCUCAGUCAUGGGAAGCCAUCCACGUCGCCGGCACAAACGGGAAAGGGUCGAUCUGCACAUACUUGUCGGCUCUCUGUCAACGUUCCAACAUUCGCAAUGGCUUGUUCACGUCACCUUACCUGGUUGAGCCCCGAGACGCCAUCAAGAUCGACGGUGUCCCGAUUCUUCAGAGAAAUUAUGCCCGUUAUCGUCAGCAGAUCCUGGAUGACCAGGCCUUGAGAACGGCAGAAGACGGACAAGGAGACGUGCCGACCAGUAGAGUGAUGGCUCCGUUGACCGAGUUUGAGCUGGUCACCAUGACGGCCUUCACAGCGUUCGACGAUGCCACGAUUGAUAUGGGAAUUGUGGAAGUCGGCCUAGGUGGGCGGCUAGACUCAACCAAUGCACUCCGCACCAAGAAAGUCACUGUCAUCGCCAAGAUCGGACUGGAUCAUCAAAAGAUGCUCGGCGAGACACUGCCCGAGAUCGCCAAGGAGAAAGCAGGCAUCAUGAUGGCCAAUGUGCCUUGCGUCGUGGAUGGCAGCAACCCGCCAGAGGUUCUCGAGGUUUUCCGCCAACACGCACUCGGAGUCGGUGCGCCCCUCUACUUGACCACAGAUUACAGAGAUCUGUUGGAAGAGCUGUACCAGUCUGAGGUCAUGCCUCAUCAAGCCCAAAACAUGGCUUGUGCCAUCGCCGCUUUCCGCCUCGCCUUUCCAGAGGUGAAGCUCUCAGUUGCCGAGGCCUUGCCUGUCAUGGCAAAUGCCUUGCACCGAGGAAGGCUUUCGUGGCUUGAUGUGAGUCGCCACUUUUCUUCCCGCAAGGACAAGCCUUUUCUUGUCGAUGGCGCCCACAAUCCCCAGUCCGCUGGCACCCUAUCGGCGUAUGUAGAGAAGCAUGUUCGUCAAAAUGAUGAACCCAUAUCGUGGGUCAUCGCCGUAUCAAAUCAGGAUGGAAAGGAUGCACAAGGCAUGUUCAGGACACUCUUCCGGCCAGAUGACAAAGUCGCAUGUGUAGCUUUUCGCAGGCGAUCAACGAUGCCCUGGGUGGAACCAGUCGAGCCAUUGUCCCUUGCGAAAACCAUUCAGACGCUCGGUUUCACGGUUCGCAACUUUGAUGAGGGCAGUACACCAUCUGAUACCUUGGCCGAAGGAAGUUCAUGGGCAGUUCAGCAGAACACACCUGUGGUAGUGACAGGAAGUCUAUACCUAGUCGGUGACGCUUAUGAUCUAUUCGACGACAUAUUUUCACAUGAAAGGAGCGCUGAGGACAUUUGAGGUAUCCUGUGCCUCAAAUCUACUCACGGUGGUAUCAGAAACUUGAAUAUUCAACUAGCACGGCCUUUCAAAGAUACCCAAUUAUAAAAAAUCAUUACACAUG